GACAGCAGGACUAGCAUUAUGCAAAUGCUGCCAGAGAGAACUGCUGCCGAGGGAACAGUGAUCGGGGGCUCUGUUAGGGAUCUCUUUACGCACAUACGCUGGCUCUUAAAUCUCCCUGGCUGUUGUUGUUGCUGUUGUGUGCUUUUUUUUCCUGCCUCCUUUUGCUGUGAUGGUUCAGCUGGAAAAAAAAAUAAACGAGCAAACAAACAAAAAAGUUGUUGCUUUCUUAGACACGAAUAAAUCCGAUCUUUCUGUGCGGUUUCAUUUUCUGUCAGCCGAGGAGAUGUGGCGUGAGCUUGUUAACUCAGAAUGAAUUGGGUAAUAUUUAGCAGGGUAAUGCGCUAAUCUUUAAACCUUUAUGUUUCCAAUCCCCGUGUAUGUAUGGGUCUCUUGACACAAAAGUGUAUGUGUGUGUGUGUGUUUUGCUUGCUUCUUCUCGGCUCCUUCAGUCUGAAGCCUUAUGUAGGUCAGGCUUGGCUUAAGCAGAUUUCCUGAACCUGCGUCAGCUUAAGCUGAAGGAAUUUUAAUAAACCCUCCCUUGUAGGCGUGGGCCUAAAUGAGACAAGCCUAGUUAAGCCUGAUCUUUUUCUGUUUGUGAAAAAGAGCUGAGCAGAGAGCUAGGAUCUGCGUGGUGGUGUUCAGGAACUGCUCUGCUCUUCAGGCUGGAGAGAACGAUGGUGGGCAAGGCCAGGUCCUCGAAUUUCACCUUGUCUGAAAAGCUUGAUUUGCUGAAACUUGUCAAGCCAUAUGUUAAAAUUCUCGAGGAGCACACCAACAAACACUCAGUCAUAGUGGAAAAAAACAAAUGCUGGGAUAUCAUUGCUGACAACUACAACGCCAUUGGAGUUGACCGCCCACCGCGCACGGCGCAAGGCCUGCGCACCUUGUACAAGAGGCUCAAGGAAUAUGCUAAGCAAGAGCUGCUGCAGCAAAAGGAGAGUCUUUCUGAUUACAAAAGCUACAUCUCUGAGCCAACUAAGAAAGUUGUGGAGAUGAUCCCCCAGAUUUCCAGCGUGUGCUUGAGAGAGAGAAAUAAUCUACCAUGUGCCACCCUGGAAAAAGAAACGCUUGCUACUACAAGCUCCCCACAGCCAGUGUUGGAACACCAUCCUGCUGCUAUGACACUGGAACUUGAUCAAGAGGAAGAGGAUGUCAAGCCACCUCCAUCAUUGAUUGUAGAGUUACAGUCACAGGAGGGCUCAGAGCAAAGAGAACAACAACAUAUGGUCCACGUCAUGGAGAGGUCUCCGUCAACGUCCUUGUCUUCUGUAGAUAUAAGGAUGCUAUCUCCAUCUCCAAUCCCCAGACGAGAUGAAUUUUUCAGGCUUGAAAGUGGGGAACGAUUUAGACCAGCAUGUGGGGGAUAUGAUCCUCAGAUGUUACAAAUGCUGAAAGAAGAGCAUCAUAUAAUUUUGGAAAAUCAGAGAAAAAUUGGCCUCUACAUCCAAGAAAAAAGAGAUGGCUUGAAAAGAAGGCAACAACUUGAAGAAGAGCUGUUGAGAGCCAAAAUUAAAGUAGAAAAAUUAAAGGCAAUACGACUACGUCGUGAUCUUCCUGAAUUCAACAAUCUUUGAAUAGUUAGCAGUUCUGCUGAUUCAAACCAGGGUCCUUUCAGAAUUCUUUUUGAUCUAGAAAAGAAUUUAUCUACUAUGUUUAUUUGGAUGGAUCAGAACUCAGCCUUGGAAUGUGGGAUGAGUGCAUGUUUUUUUCCCAUUUUAUUUUUCAUGCACAUUUGCAAACAAUUCAAAGCCAUCUUUCACUGGUCUUCCCAGGUUUUCUGACUUAAAGUAGAACCAAAUCUAAGACUUUUUAAAAAAAUCAUUUGAAAUUUUGUGAUCGUAUUACUGCUGGCAAAUGCAAAUGAUAAUUUAUGCAGCUAUUGUAAAAUAUGCCAAUUUUAUCCUUUGUUUCAUUUUGUUCUUCUGAACUGAUUCUUAUCUGCCCAUUUAAAAGUUUGUUUACUUGUGGGUUAAUAAACGGAUGCAAAAUGACAGGGAGAAAGUAUUUUCUUUGUUUCUUUUUCUUUUUUCAUAAAACAAGUGGUAACUCCUGUUGUUCAAAUGUAGCAUUUACCCUGCCAAGGAAGGCAUAGAAAAUAAUUUUGGUGGAGCUUUUUCAUGAUAAGCUGAACAGAGGGAACAUGUGUUCACAAUGAUUAAUAAUAAAAUAUUUCUGAGAACAGUAAAAAAUAAAAAUGUAUAUCUCUGAUUUUCUGUUAAUAACAGUAGCAACAACAAUAAUAAGAGAUUAUACUGAACUCUACACCACAGCACAUUUAAUUAAAAUCACAAAAAUAUACAAAACAUGCAAACACAACAUUAAUUUAAAAUAUGUAUCUAUGUGUAUGUAUAUCAACAUAAAAUUCCUUGGAAUCGGCAGCCAUCCAAGAUGAGUUAAACUAAUUACAAUACCAACAAACCAAUUAGAUGGUUCAAGUUAAGAUACACUAGUUGGUCUCCUUUCCAUACACUUAACACCUGUGGCUCCAAGUUGAAAAGGCAGGUUUUCAAACCUCAUCUAAAUUUGUUCAACUCUUAUUCUGUAUGAAGGGGGAGAGAAUUCCAUAGCUUUGGAACAAAGCUUUCCUUUUAGUCUGUUAAAAAAAAAAGGCUGAAGUCAGCGCUGGGAUGCUUCUGUGUAUUCUAUCAUUUUAAUGCACAGCUAUUUUUGCAUAAUUACCUUGUGAUGUGCCCAGCUAGAAGGAAUUGUGAUGGUCAUUACCAUAAAAUUGUUUUUAGAAAGUUUAAAUACAUUCAGUGGAGAUAUUUGUUAUUUGAUAAGUGCUAUACAUGGAACUCAGAGAGGCACAUUGUACCCAUGAAGAAUAUCACCAUCUUGUUAUGACUGACCAUAGUUGGUCAUCUGGUGUGGACACGUAGUUGUUGACUGUCUGCAAACAUGUUGGAUACUGAUCUGCCAGACGUCUCUUUACAUGUUUGUAGGAAUGAAUGAUUCAUAGUUUGUCUGCAUGUAUUCAUACACAUUUCAGUUCUGAAUAUAGACCUGCGUACUUAUUUAAGAGCAAAAGUGCAUUCUCACAUAUUCUGAAGCAGCUGAUAUACUGAGCCAUACAGCCUCUCAUGUCAGAAAUCUUAUUUCAUGAAAGAUAGCCGUGUUAGCCUGUUGCAGCAAAAAAGUGAUGAAGAAUCUUAUGGCACAUUAAAGACGAAUAAGUUUUCUUUGGCAUACAUGCUUGUUGA